AAAUGGUUACACAUUCCUAUGUCUCCAGCUUAAUUAAAAACAAAUAUUCUGACCUUGUUGGAAAGCAAAAGUGAAAGUUGCACAUUGCGCUACAGUACAGGUGGCUUGUUGUUCUCAUUUCUAUUCUACUCACCCUGGGGGAAAGAUGAAAAUAACUGCAGUUGCUCUUUGUGCUCUUCUUCUUUUGGUUGCAAUAACUGAAGGAAGAAUUGUUUCCUCUGGUCAGAAAUGUCUUUGCAUUGGAAAAGGAUUAAAUUUUAUCAAAACUAAACUCAUUCGCAAUAUACAGGUUUUUCAGAAGAGUAUCACCUGUGACCAAGUUGAAAUCAUUGCCACAUUUAAGAAGACUGGGAAGCAAGUAUGUCUUAAGCCGAAUUCCAAGAGGGUGAAGAAGAUUCUUGAUAGGCUUUUAAACAAACGAGGACUCAAACAACAAUCAAAGAGAAGACAAGGGAAGAAAACAAAAGCGUUUUUAUCCCAUUGAGUGGCAUGAGUUUCUGUGCACCAUCAUUCUUCUUCCAGGGAUGUGUCAUAUGACAAUCUAAAGGAUUCAUUUAUAUCUUGAAAGUAAUAGCAAAUUAGAUGGUGUGGCAUGGCGGAAGUAAAUAGUGUGGGUGUGUUUAUAUUUAAAUUUGGCAGAUACAUGUGUGGUGAUCAUCAAUCAAGUCACAGCCACAUGGUAUAAAAAGGAAGCUAAGUCCUUUGUUUGGUGGAGGAGUUUGCGGUGAGUGGUUGAGAUGUGAAGGUGAACACCCAGCCUGAACAGUAGUGUUUCUGUCCAGAUCUGUCCUUUUAUUUUGGCCCCUGUGCUUUUGUUUCUUUGUUUUUGUUUGUUGUGUUGAAUUAAAGUGUUGCUUUGUGCUUAAAACUGCA